GAGAGUCGUCGUGAUGACCACAAACCAUCCGGAGAAGUUAGACCCGGCUCUGAUACGGCCGGGUCGCAUCAACAAGCGGAUCCAUCUGGGCUUCGUGGACGCCGAGACACUUCUUCUGAUGGCGAAGCACUACAUCUGCAGAGACUGUGACCUGCCCCAGCAUGCAGCUGCGGAGGCCGAAAG